AGAAAACACGCGCUCCCUUCCACCGGAGCUGUGACGCGGCCGCGGUGUCUGCUGGGAGAGCAGGCUGGUGGAGGUGGAGGUCAGUGAAACUAAAGAUGUCGGCUGCUGCUCUCUCGUCCUUGAGCCGCUGCGGUGUUAUGACGCUCCGCUGCCCGGCAGGACUGCUGGCGGUGCGGUAUGCCCAAACAGCAGCGGCUCCAGCGGCUCAGCCCAGAAUAAAGAAGUUCCAGGUGUACAGAUGGGACCCAGACACUCCAGGAGACAAACCCCGCAUGCAGACCUACGACAUCGACCUCAACACUUGUGGUCCCAUGGUUCUUGAUGCCCUGAUCAAGAUAAAGAAUGAGAUGGACUCCACUCUGACCUUCCGCCGCUCCUGCAGAGAAGGUAUUUGUGGAUCCUGUGCAAUGAACAUUAAUGGGGGAAACACACUCGCCUGUCUCAACAAGAUUGACACCAACAUUAGCAAGCCGUCUAAGAUUUACCCGCUGCCACACAUGUAUGUGGUCAAGGACCUGGUGCCGGACAUGAGUAACUUCUACGCCCAGUACAAGUCUAUCGAGCCGUACCUGAAGAAGAAGGAUGACUCAAACGAAGGGAAGGAGCAGUACCUGCAGUCUGUUGAGAACAGACAGAAACUGGACGGGCUGUACGAAUGUAUCCUGUGUGCAUGCUGCAGUACGAGCUGCCCCAGCUACUGGUGGAACGGAGACAAAUACCUCGGGCCGGCUGUGCUGAUGCAGGCGUAUCGUUGGAUGAUUGACUCGCGAGACGAGUUCACGGAGGAGCGCCUGGCCAAGCUGCAGGAUCCUUUCUCCCUCUACCGCUGCCACACCAUCAUGAACUGCACCAAGACCUGCCCCAAGGGCCUGAACCCAGGGAAAGCAAUCGCUGAGAUCAAGAAAAUGAUGGCCACAUACAAGGACAAGGCGGCGGCUGCUGUCUGAAACCUCAGUUGUCCUCUUGUACAACUUUUCCCUCCAUGAUAAGAAAUAUAUAUUGAUUUUUUAAAAAUGCUUUUUGAGGUCUGAAGGGGCCAGUACACCAGUCAGCUCCACCACCACCACCACUACCACUCUCUGCACAGAAAUGUGUGUGUGGUUGGAGGACUUGGUGUUACAUAAACGCACAUGUACAGUAUGAAUGCUCGAGAGAGUGUGUGUGUCUGAGUCUUACAUGUACCAUAGUAGAGGUAUUUAUCUUCAACGCUACUGUGUGCAUGGUUGUGCACUUGGGAGAUGUGAUGCUGCAUAUUAAACAAUGAGAUUUUCUUGUGUGUAAACAUUUUUUUUUAGCUUGUUGCUGCUUUCCAGGUUAGCAAUUGCUUCAAACACAUACAGUGUAUUUGUUCCCUCAGAUCUUCCAACAUACCAACAACUGUCUUUGUUUUGAUGGUAAAUAAAUAGUUGAAAUGCCA